UUACAUGUAGCAACUUUAUGAGCUAGUAGACAAUAACAACGUCCUUUGCCAAAUUCUCUCUCUCACUGUCUAUCCAACCAGAAAACUCAUAUUCGCCGGGAUGUCGCCGGCGGCGGGAGCUCAUGUUCCGCUGCUGCCGGAGAAGAAGCAUCAGCGGUCAAAGAGUCCGUCGGUGUCCGGCGCGGUGUUCAACGUGUCGACGAGCAUAAUUGGUGCCGGAAUUAUGUCAAUCCCGGCGACCCUAAAGGUGCUAGGAGUAAUACCAGCUCUGUUGCUGAUUGUGAUUAUUGCAGUGCUAGCUGAUAUAUCGGUGGACUUCUUGAUGAGGUUUACGAAUUCUGGCGAGUCCACCACCUAUGCCGGUGUCAUGAGGGAGUCGUUUGGGCCGUUUGGAUCGGUGAUCACGCAGCUCUGUGUUAUAAUUACUAAUCUUGGCUGCUUGAUUAUGUACCUUAUUAUAAUCGGUGAUGUUUGUUCUGGGAAUCAGCGUGAAGAAACAGUGCACUUGGGCGUUUUGCAAGAAUGGUUUGGAAUCCACUGGUGGAAUUCUCGUGAAUUCGCAAUCUUAUUCACUGUUGUAGUUGUCAUGCUUCCAUUGGUCUUGUUUCGCCGCGUAGAAUCAUUGAGCUUCAGUUCGGCUAUAGCAGUUCUUCUUGCUUUAGUUUUUGUUGGAAUUAGUUCUGUUAUGGCCAUAGUUUCAAUUGUGCAAGGGAAAACCCAGACCCCGAGAUUGGUACCUCAUUUGGACCAGCGGACCACCUUCUUUGAUCUAUUCACUGCUGUCCCUGUAAUUGUCACGGCCUUCACUUUUCAUUUCAAUGUUCAUCCAAUUGGUUUCGAGCUUGCGAAGCCUUCUGACAUGACCAAAGCCGUUCGGAUUUCGCUGCUGCUGUGUGCUGCACUCUAUUCUACAAUAGGCCUAUUUGGGUACCUGCUGUUUGGAGAGUCGAUCGCGUCUGAUAUCCUUGUGAACUUUGAUAGAAGCUCUGAUUCAGCGAUGGGUUCACUGCUCAAUGAUGUAGUGCGAUUAAGCUAUGCACUUCAUCUAAUGCUGGUUUUCCCGCUGUUGAACUUCUCUUUAAGGGCAAACAUUGAUGAAUUCCUCUUCCCCAUGAAGCCCCUUUUGGCCUCUGAUACUAAAAGAUUUGUGUCCCUCACUCUUGUCCUUUUGCUCUUCUCUUACUUAGCAGCAAUAGCAUUCCCAAAUAUUUGGUAUCUACUAAACUUUCUGGGUUCAACAACUGCAGUUUGCCUUGCCUUUAUUUUUCCUGGUGCAAUUGCUCUGAGGGAUGUUCAUGGUAUAUCUACAACAGGAGAUAGGAUCAAGGCGAUGACGAUGGUGAUCCUGGCAGUAGUAUCAAGCGCAAUUGCCAUUUCUACCAAUGUAUAUGAUAUGUUUGGAAGCAAGUCAUAAAUUUUAUUUUUCAUUUUUUUUGGUCUGAGAGUUGAGGUUGGUUUAAUUGUGUUCUGUAUAAUUUUGUUUGCUGUAUGAAAUCUAAUUGCUUGAAACGAGGCAGAGGUUUUUGUUAUCUCCAUGUUGAGAUAUAACUUUA